CCGCUUGAAAUGUUUCAUGGUUGCGCUAAAUCCAUCUUUACUCUGUCGUCUGCAGCUAAUGCAGUCGAGGAGCGCUAUUAAAAUGUCAACUCGUUUUGUUUUUCGCGAAUUGUAGCCAUGAGAGGAGAUUUUUUUCCCUCGUUUAACUUUCCGACCUCGGUCUCACAAUGCGAAUUCAUUGCAAACUAUUUGUAAUCGCUGUGUGUUUGGGAGUUUUUCUACUUUUGUACUUUUUCGGUGGGAAUUCUGCAGACGAACAGCUCUUGAAAGAAGUUAAAGAGGACAACCCUUCUCCAUCUGCCCCAUCGGAAGUUGUACAUAAGGUAGCAUCAAAGUUCACAUACAGAAAACACCAUGAACUUAAUGUUGCUGCAGGAGAUGCACCCAAGGAGCGAAAGAAUGGAAACAGUAUCAACAGAGUGGCAAACGUUAAUACAAAGAGACUAAAGACGAAUGGCGGGCGGCCGGGGUCGCGGCGGGCCCCUGCGGAGGAGGUCAUGCACCUGGCAGUGGUGGCCUGUGGGAACCGGCUCGAGGAGACCCUCAUCAUGGUCAAAUCGGCUCUGCUUUUCAGCGUCAAGAAGAUCAAGUUCCACAUCUUCGCGGAGGAUCCCCUGGCUGCCCACUUUGAGAAAGGGCUGGGCCAGUGGCCUAGGUCCAUCGCAGCCAAGUUCCAGCACCAGAUCUACCCAAUCACCUUCUCCGUUGGCAACCAAGAAGAGUGGAAGAAGCUGUUCAAGCCCUGUGCUGCUCAAAGGCUCUUUCUACCGGUAAUCCUCAAGGAGGUGGACUCACUGCUCUAUGUGGACACAGACGUGCUGUUCCUCAGACCCAUGGACGACAUCUGGGCCUUCCUGAAGGAGUUCAACAGCACCCAGCUGGCGGCCAUGGCCCCUGAGCACGAGGUGCCCAAGAUAGGCUGGUACAGCCGCUUUGCACGCCACCCGUUCUAUGGCGUCACAGGGGUCAACUCUGGGGUCAUGCUGAUGAACCUCACCAGGAUCCGCAGCACAAUGUUCAAAAAUAGCAUGAUCCCUGAUGGCCUCUCCUGGGAGGACCUCCUUCACCCUCUCUACCAGAAGUACAAGAACCACAUCACCUGGGGAGAUCAGGACCUCCUCAACAUCAUCUUCCACUACAACCCAGAGUGUCUCUUCACCUUCCCCUGCCUCUGGAACUACAGGCCAGACCACUGCAUGUACGGGAGCAACUGUAAGGAGGCUGAGGAGGAGGGGGUCUCCAUUCUGCAUGGCAACCGCGGAGUGUACCACGACGACAAACAGCCAGCCUUCAAAGUGAUUUACGACGCAAUACGGGAUUUUCCAUUGGAGGACAACCUCUUCCAGUCUCUGUUCUACCCCAUCCAGACCAAGUUUCUGGACACGGUCAACACCCUGUGUGGUCGCAUACCGCAGGUGUUCCUCAAGCAGGUGGAGAAGACCAUGAGGAAAGUGUACGAGCUGAAAGUGGUCCGCCAUGUGCGACCGCAUCACUGACCGACUGUGAUGGAGCCACCCGCUACCCAUGGAGAGAGUGGCCCCAUCCCGCCUGGCAUUUAACUUACACUCUACAUUUCUUACACCGUAAAGGACCAUAUCUUUCCUGGGGAUUUUAACGCCAGAAGUUCUCAGAAGAAGGGAGAGUCUCAGGCAUUUGACCUCUGAAUAACUCUCUCUUGUGUUCUCGCUGUGUAUUGGGCCCAAUUCCUGACACUCAUUUUUAAAUGGCUAUGUAAGCCUCAGGACUGCUUCCUGUCGUUGAGUGGGUUAUUACUCCUAUGGUAAACAAACAUGCACACAGUGCUGGUCAGUGGUGCAGUCGAAUGGGAGUUGCCUUAUUGAAUGAUAAUAUUGUGCAGUGACAAAAAUAUGUGAAGACGUGAAGACAAAUGCCAGCCUGAUUUAAUAAAGGCAGUACGAAAUGUAUGUCGUCUACAUUUUAAACUCAAGUGGAAGUUAGAUAUAAAUGUUUCUUAUUUUAAUGCAGAUUAAAGUAUUUGCCUUUUUUUGGUGCGUUUUGUUUAGUUUUUUACUCAUUUUAUUUCAUUGAGCAUUGGUGACCGAGCAAGGUUAACAGAGAUUUGAUACGAUUUUCUACUUUAAGUAAGUACACAUCUCCUUUUCUUUUUUAAAUAUGUGAAUCUUUCUCCAAACUUGUUUUUUGUGUGAAUCUGGUCUGAAAUCUCCAACUGCCGCUGACAGUAUUACAAUCGAAGAGGAAAACAUGGUGUUAUAAUGUUACACACCAAAAAAUGCACUUUCACAUCAACA